AUGGACAACUUUUUUAGACAUAUGGAGAAGCCAACAAUGAAACCUUGGAUACAUGAGGACUUCCUAGGAGAUUACAGUGAUUCCCCACCCAUUAUCUCUGUACAAAACGCCACUUUAGCACCCCCAAGUUUCAGUCUCCAAGAAACUCAAUCUAGCUCAACUUCAAACUAUAAUAGAAAAAAGGGUCUAAUGCAAGAGACACAAGAGAAUCUUCAUAAUGAUCCAGCAAGAAUAUUCAACCGAUAA